CCAUCUUUAAGCAGCAAACUCAUAUUGCCUUCCGCGGCUUGUUGCCAUGGUUCAAUCAAACAAGAAGUUGAAACAAAAACUAAGAGCAGCUAAAGCUGAACUGUUAGCUUCUUCUGAAGUUAAACAGGAAGAAGGGAGUAUGAAUGAGAAAAUUAAACAAAAACAGAAGAAGAGGAAGAGAGAUGAAACUGAUGGGUUAGACAAGGAUAAAGGGGAGCUGGGGAAGCCUAUGAAGAAGAAGAAGAAAAAGAAGAAAAAGAAGAAUAAAGGGAAGAAAAAAGUAGAAGAUGGACAAGUUGUGGAGGGUAUGAAUGUUGGGGAUGGAGGAAAUGGACAAGUAGCAUCAGCAGCCCACACUCGUAAAACUGAGGAAAGGGAAGAAAGCGUUGAUAUUUCUAAUAAAGUUUAUGUCGGAGGUAUUCCUUAUUAUUCCACUGAGGAUGAUAUUAGGAGUUACUUUGAAGGUUGUGGCACCAUUACGGAGGUUGAUUGUAUGAAUUUCCCUGACAGCGGAAAGUUUAGAGGAAUUGCCAUUAUCACUUUUAAGACUGAAGCAGCCGCUAAGAGAGCCAUGGCACUGGAUGGUUCUGAUAUGGGUGGACUAUUCCUGAAAAUCCAGUCAUACAAGUUCGCUAAAGCUAACAAAGUGUCCAACUUCUCACCAAACAUGGUGGAAGGGUAUAAUAGGGUAUAUGUGGGUAACUUAUCAUGGAAUGUAACAGAGGAUGACUUGAAGAAUGUUUUUUCAGAUUGCAGCAUAAGUUCUAUUCGAUUCGGUGAAGAUAAAGAAACAGGAGAAUUUCGAGGUUAUGCCCAUGUGGAUUUUUCUGAUAAUGUCUCCGUAAACAUGGCAUUGAAGUUGGAUCAAAAGAUUGUAUGUGGUAGACCUGUUAGAAUAAGCUGUGCUGUUGCGAAGGAAGGAGCUGUUAAGAAAGGAGGUGCAACAGAUUCAAGACCUAUGCUGAAAGAUCAAAAUGUGGAUAGUGUUGCAACAAGCACAGUUAGUGCGAAGAUUAGGAGGCGAACAUGUUACGAAUGUGGAGAGCGUGGUCACCUUUCAUCGUCUUGUCCAAAGAAGCAAGAAACUGAUCAGAAAGAACAAGUUGCUAGUUGAUUAUAGUAGGAGACUUUGCAUGUUCACAAAAUCUGAUCUGAGCUGUGCUUAACAGAAAUUAUGGUGGAGUUUUUAUCAUCUUGGACCACAUUUCUGGAAGUCCAUAAUUUGCUCUUUUCCUAGUGCUUCCAGUAUUCUUUCAAUUUUGAACAUGUGAUUGGUAGAUUUGUAAACAUAUGUAGCAGUUGUUACAACCACUGCAUAAGUUGUUGCAAGUAACUACAUCAACUGUAGUAACUUUUAUAAAUUCAUAAACUUUUGUACAACAUCUUU